GCAGCCCUCGUCUAAGCAUAUUUUGUAAAUAAAUUCCAGUCCAGUCGAGUCCAAAAUGAAUUGCUGCAUUUGCCAAUUUUCCGUGCGCGUGCCGAAGGACAUUCACACAGAGACCGUUGGCCAUCCCCCGGUGCUGAUCAGCGACCUGGUCCUGCAGUGCACCCGGGGCACCGACUACGUCCUGGCGGACGAAUCCUCGACGAUCUGCAAGAAGUGCUGCGAAAAGCUGACCAGAUACCACAAGUCCAUUCAAAUCGCGCGCAAGCUGCGCCACGAGAUCCUCGAGCUGAUCCACAGUCCCUACAUGCCGAAGGAACUCAAGCACUCGCCGUUCAAGGAGGAGGAUGCCGCCAGGGAGACCAGGACGAUAACCAAAUUCGAUGGGAACAUUGAGGAGGUGGAGGGCGGCGAGGAGGAGGAGGACGAUCCCGAUGAGGAGGAGCAUCAGCAGCUGGAGGAGGUGGACACCUCCGGGGAAGGCGUCACCCUGAUGGAUCCCACCAGCAUCGAGGAGGUGGUGGCCGGCGAGGGGGAGGAGCAGCACACCUUCAUUAUCAAGCAAACCGUGGAUCAGGAGUUGGAGGAGGAGGGGUUCCAGUCCGUGGACUUAGAGCUGGACAUAGACAACGAGAUCAUCAUAAACGAGCAGGAGGAAGGGGAGGAGGACCAGGACCUGAAGCAUGAGGCCCAUGAAGCAGACUUCUUCAAGGAGGACACCAUGAGCGACUUUGACGACCAUCUGGAUGGGACCAUCGAAUACAUAAUAUCCGACGGCGAUGGCGACGACCAGGAGCAGGAUCAGGACAGCUCCGGCGAGUACACCGUGAACAUUCAAUGCCCCAGCUGUCCGGAGAAGUUCACCAGCCGGCGCUCGUACAAUGCCCAUACCAAGCGGGAGCACUUUCCCGGCUAUGUCUGUGAUCAGUGCGGCAAGACGCUGCAAUCGUACUCGGGCUUCAUUGGCCACCUGCAGAACCACGAGCCCGUCAAGCAGUUCGCCUGUCCCGUUUGCCCCGAGCGCUUUAGCCGCAAGUUUCGGCUGAAGCACCACAUGGCCUGGCAUUCAGGGGAAACGCCAUUUCAGUGCGAUGUCUGCUCCAAGCGAUUCGUCCACAAGGUGGCCCUGUACAAGCACAAGAUGAUCCACGACAACGAGACCAAGCGACUGGAGUGCCAGGUGUGCGGCUUCAAGACCCGCACCAAGGCGCAUUUGGAGCGGCACAUGCGUUCGCACACGGGCGACAAGCCCUUCGCCUGUCCGGUGUGCAACAAGCGCUUCUCCCAGAUGUACAACAUGAAGGCCCAUCUGCGGGAGCACGAGAGUCCCGGAACGAACCGCCAUCGUCGCUAUCAUUGUCCCAAGUGCACGCACACGUUCAUCAACGAGCAGAACUAUGUGUCCCACGUUCAGCGGGACGACUGCACGGCAGUUUAGCUAUCGAAUAGACAUAGUAGAUAAUCUAAGGCUUAGUCCCGACCAUCAUCACCCAUCCAUCCGAAUGAAAUCGAAUCAUUUGACACUUUACGUUCUAUCCAUGUACUUUUUUUAUUAAAUCUAUAUGCAUUUUGCUCACAAAUAAAAUAUGUUUGAU